AUGCACGAGCAGUUGUGGCAGGGCUUCUUUUCCUUUUGUGUGCUGAGCAUACAGCAGCUACCACACACAGCUUUCAACCUUCUCUUACAAAGAACUGGGAGUACCGAGAUGUUCCUGUCAUGCCUGAGAGGGGUCACAAGUUAUUAAUGGCUUUGUCAUCCCAGAGGAAACAAUCAUUCGGUGAAACUGUCAGCAGAAAAACUAUGUGUCGAUCAGGCACGGUCACCAGAACGAUGGCCUCCCAGGAGCAAGUCUGGCCAGUCCCAAUGAAGGCAAUUGGAGCACAAAACCUGUUGACAAUGCCUGGAGGAGUGACCAAAUCGGGGUAUCUUCACAAAAAGGGAGGCACCCAACUGCAGAUCUUGAAGUGGCCUUUGAGGUUUGUGAUUAUCCAUGAGGGAUGUAUUUACUAUUUUAAGAGCAGCACAUCUGCAUCCCCACAGGGUGCAUUUUCUUUGAAUGGUUACAACAGGGUUAUGCGGGCAGCUGAGGAGACAACAUCAAGCAAUGUGUUUCCUUUCAAGUUAGUUCACAUUAGCAAGAAGCACAGGACGUGGUUUUUUUCAGCAUCUUCUGAAGAUGAAAGAAAGAAUUGGAUGCUAUCCUUGAGGAGGGAAAUUGAUCACUACCAUGAGAAGAGAGAAACAGUAACAGAAUUCAGUGACUCUGGUUCUGAUGCAGACAGUUUCUAUGGCUCAGUAGAACGUCCCAUUGAUAUCAAGUAUUCUCAUCAUUCAGCAGACAACGAAGAUUAUGACCAGGAGGAAGAAGAUGAGUCUUACUUGCAGCCAGAUACUUCUGAUAUAGUGAAAGAUGAUAUGGUCCUGCCCCCAGCCUACCCACCUCCACCAGUUCCUCACGUCAGAAAAGCUGCCUACUCGGAAUCAAGGGCAAAUUCCUUUGCUGGCAAACCUUCUGUGCCAGUACCACCACCACCUCCUAAAAGAAGCUUACCUGAUAUCAAACUAGAGGAACUCUUAAACACGCGAGAACCCCCGUUACAGUGCCGAGCUGAGCCUAAUCUGAAGAUUCAAUCCUCAAGCUGGAGACCAAGUGAACAGCCGCCCCCUGUACCCCCUCUGCCUCCUUUCAAAAAGCCUCUGUGUGCCAAAGAAUCUUGCUCAUUGCUUCCAGAGCCUCUGCCUCUAGCUCAAGUUCUUGCUACUCCGGAAGGAUGUGAGAAGCUAAAAUCCUUAAACCUUUCCCCUCGAACUCCUCCUCCGCUACCAAGCAGCAAACCCAAACUGUCGCAGUUCACUGAAAAACCAGCAGAACCCAAAGUGCCGAGAGAACAUGGUAAACCUGGACUGUUUGUGCCACCAGUGCUCCCAAAGCCACCUGUGCCAAGCCACCAGCCCCCUGGAAUUAAGCCUAGACCAGAGAAGGCUUUGUGUCCCCAGUUACAGAGAUCACCACCUGAUGGACAAAGUUUUAGAAGCUUCUCAUUUGAAAAACCAGCACUACCCUCCAAACCACAAACACCUGAUGAUGAUUCUGAUGAUGACUAUGAAAAGGUUGGGCUGCCUGCUUCAAUAUUUCUUAAUACCUCGGAAUCCUUCGAAGUCGAAAGGACAUUUAGAGCCAGUAGCCCACGGGGACAGCCACAGAAUGGAUUGUAUUGCAUUAGGAACUCAUCUACUAAGCCUGGAAAGGUAUUGGUUGUAUGGGAUGAGUCGGCAGAAAAAGUGAGAAACUACAGAAUCUUUGAGAAGGAUUGUAAGUUCUACCUGGAUUCAGACAUCAUGUUUUUAAACAUGGGAAGUUUGGUCGAAUACUACAGCACUCACAUCUUGCCUAGUCACGACAGCCUGAUUCUUCGGAGCCCGUACGGUUACUCCAAACCAAGGUGACACGGCUGGCACAGUCACUGACGUGAGGACAAAUGGGCUGCACACUGCCAUCCAAUUCCAUAUGGACAUCCCAUUGUUUGCACACAGGAACCGAGUCUGUUCCAGCUGCAUUCUCGCAUGAAUUGGAUAUGAACUCCAGUGGAUGAACUCUUGGUAAAACCUUACAGUCCGGAUCAGUGGGGUUUUAUGGUCUUUUCUUUUACAAAGCUGGGAACUGAUGAUGCUGUGAAAGCUGUCUGUGAUACCUACACCUUGGGUGAACCUGCUGCUAUUACUGAUCUUGGAAUGUGGAGGACGAACACAGCAAGGACAUGACUGACAAAGAAGUGGCCUGAACACAGCAAGCACGGGAAGGAGAAACUUCUGAAAGUCUGUCAGAAGUCACUCGUGACAGGGAAUACAAAUACUCUGACUUGAAGGUAUUAUUCCUUAAGUCAGCACUGGUGCUUAACUGAGAGGUUUUGUAUUACUUGUAUAGUUGACAUGUAAAUAAUGAAGGCGACUAUGCAGAUAGUUUGGUUUUCUAUAGGUAAAGAUGACCAGGAAAUGUGGGGGUGUUUUUUAAGCCACCUCAUACAUGAAUGUAACUUCUGAUCACAGUGCCUGCAGUAACCUGUGUCAGGGUUCUAUCCAACCAGUGUGGUUAUGGUGUCUGACAUAUUGCUGAUGAUGUGCACUUCUGAUAGGUGCGAAAUGACACUUAUGUGGCUUUCGUGGGAGCCCUGCUCCUUAGCUCUGAACUGGCAGGGGAGGUGCCACUGGUAUUUUUAUUGGGUGUGAAAAAAGAAAAAGCCCAGUAGCUUUAAAAACUGCUGUGAGGAUGAGGGCACAGGCUGCCCAGAGAGGGUGUGGAGUCUCCUCUGGAGGCUUUCAAAACCCUUUGGAUGUGUUCCUGUGUGACCUGAUCUAGGUGGACCUGCUGUUAGCAGGGGGUUGGACUGGAUGAUGCCUAGAGGUGCCUUCCAACCCCAACCAUUCUGUGAUUCUGUUCAAGGGUGAAACACACUGCCAUGGUCUAGAGCAGGUUUGUAGAUCACCAGGAAUUUUUCCUUUAUUGUAAUUGCUAUUCAGUCGAAACUUGAGUGCAAAAUAAAAUCUGGUUUUAACAUCCUAUUAGCCUAUGAUAAAGAGCAGCAGAGUGCUUGUAACCUUUGUUCCCUAAUAUUUUGGGGACAUAUAUCCUAAAACCAAGGACUUGAUAAUUAUGCCACAAUUACCCUAUUCCUAAAUUUUAGUUUGGAGGAGAAAUUGGUUUUAAUGACUUAAGUAACUUAGUUGAUUCAAAAGUGCUGUCACAAUGGUCUUUAAAAAGUUUACAAGAGUUGUAGCAAUAAUUUUUAAAAUGACUGUCAUUCCUGAAACAGGAGAAAACUUCAAAAACAUAAAGCUGUUACAGAAUAAAAAGUUUUCUCUUUGUGAAAACAAUAAACCAGGAUUUAAUCCCUGGAAGGAAUUUUGUUACUAGAGAUGUGAUACAAGGAUCAUAUAUAGGAAAUACAGCAAGAAACUCCAUCUCUGUCUUUUACAGACAAAGACAACAGCAAUCUCUUAAUGCCUGUUCCUGCUGUAUUGGAUUUUAGGCAUGUAAGUUAAAUGCUAUGUAGUACUUCAAUUUCAGAUUCUGGUGAAUAUUGGAUAUUUUCCAGUUCCUCUUAUUUUAAAUGAGCAUCCCUGUGGCUCACUUCCCUGAGAUGACCCACUCUGGAAAGACAGCUCAGCCAACAAAGCAUUUAAAAAUUAUGGUGUACGGCGAUAUGUAAGUCAGAGCCAGUUUGAAUUUCUUGCAGUAUCUAGAAUGGACUUCACUGUGUCAAGACAGUCACACUUAUUCUGCUGCCCCUGGGGCCUUAGUCAGGUGGUUACAUUUUUUUUUUGCAGCUGUAUACUCUUGAUUUUUAAACUGUAAAGAUCCUUCUGUAAUCCAACACCAAGCCCAACAGUGUCUUUACCUGUGUAAUACAAGAUGUGCAAAUAUGUAAAUUUGUGUGCUAACUUCCUUUUUUAUAUAAAUGUAUAUAUUUCUAAAGUGGAUAAACUUUCCAUAUGAGCUCUCCUAAUUUUGUGCAGUCCUCUUGAACUUUGUGGGUGUGCUCGUUAAUGCUUUUGCAGUUGUCUUAGUGCUUGAUUCUUCUUACUGUGAAGUUCGAAGAAUUAGUUUUCAGCCCCCUUAGGAAGCCAGUCUUCAAGCAACACUGCACUCUAGUCAUCAGCCCCUGCCUGGAGGUGGGAAUGACCCGUUCUUCAUUCACUCCCAAGUUUCCUGAGUGCAGGUGGAGGGCUGAAGUCUUCAUUUUGUCUCUGGGAAGUAAGUAGAAGUGCCGUAGGCUUACAGCCUUGCAGGUUCGUGUGUCUGACAUCGGAAUUCGAGGCAGGAGAGAGAUGAUGAUGUGCUUGGUGAUCCCCCAUCCCUCCACAGGCCGGUAGAAGGCUUCCAGACAAAUCUGCCAUCACUCAGGCUCUGUCCUCCGAGUCCUCCUUCUCCUCC